AUGUCGUACCUUGACAAGCUUCCCCCUACGCAACCCGACGCGGCUUUUUCGCUUGUAGCCGCCUACGAAGCGGACAUAUGCGAGCAAAAGGUUGACCUGUGCCCAGGGUUCUACCGCGACGAGAACGCAAAGCCGUGGAUUCUACCGUCGGUUGCACAGGCUAAGGAGCGAAUACACGCAAACCCCAGCCUCAACCAUGAACAUCUGCCCCUGAAUGGCCAUCCAGGCUUGAUUCGAGGUGCCCAGGAGUUGGCUAUUGGCACAACAAGGGACCUGAAGCGCGUCGCUUCAAUUCAGACCGUUUCUGGCACGGGGGCUAAUCACAUUGCCGCCCUGUUUCUUUCGACCAGGCUGAAGCCCAAGACGGUUUGGAUCUCUGACCCGAGUUGGAUCAACCACACGGAGAUUUGGAAGCUCGCUGGCCCAGGUGUUCAACAGCGAUUCUACCCAUACUUUGAUGCGAAAAAUUCCAAGGUCGACUUUGAAGGGAUGACGGAAACUCUUCGCAAUGAUGCCCAGAAAGGAGAUGUAGUCAUACUUCAUGCGUGCGCACACAAUCCAACUGGGGCGGAUCUUACGGAGAGCCAGUGGAAGAUUGUUGCCGACAUCUGCAGAGAAAUUGGGCUGUUUGCCGUGUUUGAUAUGGCAUACCAAGGUUUUGCUUCAGGAAACCUGGAGCAAGAUGCUUUUGCCAUAACUCACUUUUACGAUAGCUUGGACAUGGAAUUUGCCAUUGCGCAGUCCUUUUCGAAGAACUUUGGCUUGUACGGCGAGAGAAUAGGGGUUCUCCAUGUUGUUGCCCUAGACGCCAAAGCCGCCGCAAACACGACGCUAUUACUGACUCAGCUUUCACGGGCUGAGAUUACCUCUUGCCCUUCUUAUGGUGCGAGAAUCGUGGCCGAGAUUCUUGGAGAUGCGAUCCUUUUUAAGCAGUGGCUCAAAGAUUUAGUAGAAAUGAGUCAACGCAUGAAGAGCAUGCGAUUGAGUUUGUACCAGGGACUCGAGCGCAGAAAGGUGCGGGGAUCUUGGAAACACCUCCUUUCAGAUAUUGGAAUGUUCUCGAUGACGGGACUUUCUCGCGCUCAAGUCACGGAGUUGAGAGAGGAGCAUCACAUCUAUCUCCUUCCGUCGGGAAGAUUGUCUGUGACGGGUUUGACAAGCAACAAUGUGGAGAGCGUUGCUGCCGCUUUGCAUGAUAUUCUGGGCUCAGAAUAG